AUGUCCGGCUGGGGCGACCUGUUCAAGGACAAGUAUGAGGAGCGCAUCGACGAGUCGACCGGCGAGACCAUCAUGGUGGAGAAGGGCACGAAGCACCACAAGCUGGACGCGCAGGGCAACAUAGUCGAUCCCGACGCUGCUCCCGCGCCGAGCCCCUUUGCCGCCGCGUUCGCUGGCGGCGGCGGCAGCAGCGGCGGCAGCGGCGGCUUCCAAUUCGGCGGAGCUCCAGCUGGCGGAGGCGGCGGCUGCACGUUUGGUGGUGCGCCCUCCUCCGCAGGCAGCGGCGGCUUCCAGUUUGGCGGUGCGCCCGCCAGCAGCGGCGGCGGGUUCACGUUUGGUGGCGGCGCUCCUGCAGCGGCCAACGGCGGCGGUGGUUUUGUCUUUGGCGGAGGCGCGGCAGCGCCCGCAGCAGCACCAGCGGCGGCGGCGACGGCGACGGCACGGUCCAAGCGCCCCGCGGAGGAGGCGCCGGCCUCAGUCGCCAAGCGCGGCCGCACCAACGCGCUCGUGCGGACGGGGAACGAGAGCGGCGAGCUGCUGAUCGCCGGAAACGGGGACUGCGGGCAACUGGGAUUUGGCGACGAGGGCAAGCGCGAUAGCGUGAAGCUGCUGCUGCUGCCGAUCGCGGCGGCGCAGAUCUGCCAGGUGGCGUGCGGAGGGCUGCACAGCAUCGCGCUCGGGCUGGACGGGCGGCUCUGGUCGUGGGGCUGCAACGACGACGAGGUGCUCGGCAGGCCGGGCGAGGAGGCGGAGCCGCGCGAGGUCGGUGGCGAGCUAGCAGGCGUGCCGGUGAAGAGUGUGACUUGCGGCGACAACCACUCGGCCGCCCUGGCGCGGGACGGCCGCGUCUUCACCUGGGGCACCUACAAGGACUCGAACGGGUACAUCGGCUACUCCCCCGACCUCGCAAAGGCGGGCAGGGCACCCUUUGCCCGCCCCCUGCCCUUGGGCCGAGGGGUGUACGCGUGGGGCUGCAACGAGAGCGGCCAGGCGAUGCACGAGGAGGAGUGGCCGACCGAGAAGGCGGACAAGAAGAAGUUCACUGCGCCGGGCGCGCCUCGCUCGCUGCGGCUGCCCGCCCCUCCCGGCACCAGCCUGUACGAGCGGCACGCGAGGGCAGCCACACGCCGCCGCCCCUCGCCGAGCGAGACGCGGCACCGCCGGACGCGGCGCUGGCUCGCUCUGUAG